CUGCUAGCUUGUUAGCUAGCUGAAGCUUUACAGACCGGUGUGCCGGUGCGCCGACGCGACGCCACGUUUAUCGCUUCCACCGGCGAACACAUCUUGGGACUCGCUCACAAAACACACUAUUGAUUGCUGCUAUGAUGAAGGGAUACUAAUUGGAGGGAAAUGAGUGCAAGGAGAAGAGGCGGAAAGCCAAACAGAGGAGGGGGGAGGUCAGCCAAGCCAAGAGGUAGUGGACGUGGAGGUGGUGGCGGAGGCGGAGGCGGAGGCGGAGGCGGAGGCGGAGGCGGAGGCGGAGGCGGAGGCGGAAGUAAGAAAGGUGGAGUUGGUUGCUGGGAUGACGGUGAUGAUUUCAGCCUUGAAUUUGGACCCCCUCGCCCUACGAGACCUGGGAGAGGACGAGGUAGCGGUGGUCGAGGUGGUCGUGGAGGUCGUGGAGCUCGUGGUGGCCGUGGUGGUGGUGGUAGCGGCGGUGGUGGCAGGGAUGCAGGUCGAGGAGGGGGAGUCAGAGAUCGUGACAGGGGCGGCAGAGGGAAUGGGAAAAGCGGCGGUAGCAGCGGCGGCAGCAGCGGCAUGGCUCUCCCAAGGUCCCUGGCGAGGCCACGAACAAGCCCAAUGACCGCUGAUAGCAUCAAGCCGGAGAUGAGCACCAUGCCCUUGCAGAGGCUCUUCAUGACUAAUGAGAACCAAGAGCAACUCAAGGAGCUUCUGCGAAAUCUGCAGUCACAGGGAUUUGAUGAGCCAUAUGAUGAAUCUGGUUCAGAUUAUUCGGGGGAAGAAGAGGACGAGGAAGAAUUUGAUGAGUUGGACCACCGCGACGAAGGCCAGUUUUGGGCCACUAAUGAUGAGCCUGUGGAGAGGGCAGAGAGCCCAGCAUAUGAGACAGAGUCUGAUGAUGAACGGCCAACCCCUGAACCUGUCAUCUCCUUAUUUGCCAUAGGAAAACUCUGCAGGUAUGGGUUUGACAGGGAGCGUGGCAAAAAAGCAUUGGAGUCUGGUGGAGGGGAAUUCGGGGCCACUUUGGAACAGCUUCUCUGCCAGAUAUUCAGUGAGCGCUACGGCCAGAAAGCAGUUUCCCCUGCUGGCCUUGAAGCAUUGCCCAUGGAUGAGUGUCUGAGCCAGAGGCAGGAGGAAGCGCUUGCUCUAGCUGCCAUCUAUGGCGAGCGCUUUAGUGAGCGCAUUGCCAAUACAGUCUGGACAGUAACCCUCGACCUCUCGUUCCUCUCGGACAUCGCUGCCAAGAAUGGUCGGCAAGUCGGGAGUCGAGGUGGAGAAGGAGCUGUUAGCAUCCGAGAUGUCUGCAGAUUCUUUUUGAAAGGGCAAGGCUGCCGGUUUGGGGACAAGUGCAAGUAUAAGCACCAGCUGCCCACUAAAGGGAGAUCUGGGGCUGGUUCCCCAGACCCGGAUGGCCCAAGCCAGCCUGGUUUCAGCAGCUACUCUCCUCCCGAGUAUGAGCUAGAAGUCAGAUUCCCCAAAGGGAACCGUUACCCAUUCCAGGCACCAAUAGUUGCCUUCAGCACCACCGACGAGUCUUUCAAAGCUCCAGGGAGGCUCAGCGUGACUGAAAGAUUGUUCCAAGAAGCGUUGGCUGCCGCGAAGAGCAACGAGCCUGUCGUUUACACUCUGAUCACUAUAUGUGAGGAUGAAGUGGCCAUGAAGAAACUGCUGGCCGUCGGUCAUCACAAAUACAGCACGCCACCGCCUGUUGUGGUGCUUCCUCCACCACCGACUCUUCCUGUGCCACAGAUUAAGAGUGUGAGGACCAAUGCUUCUGAAGAAAGCAGAAGUAGUAGUACCAAUAAUGGUAAUCAUACAAGCAACAGAAGGAUUGUUCCACCUGCCAACCGGAGACCAAUAGAUUUGAAAGAGACCGGAGAGGCAGAGGAGCUGGAUGAGAGGGACGAGGAUGACGAUGACGAGGAUGUUCCAGUCGAGAGUGAGAGUUAUGUCAAUCUGAGGAAGAAGAUGGGGAAUAAGCACAACCCGAAGAUCGACAACCUGCUCAAAGAAAAUGGCAAGCUGUGCCGAGAGUUCAAGAAGAAACAGUCAUCCGGACGUUUCAGAUCCAUGUUGGAGCAGAGGAGGAAACUGCCGGCUUGGAGUGAAAAGGAAAACAUCCUCGACCUGUUAGACCAGUGCCAGGUGCUGGUUGUCAGCGGCAUGACUGGGUGUGGUAAGACCACUCAGAUCCCUCAGUUCAUUCUAGACGCCUCAUUGGGUGGACCAGCGGACCAGGUGGUCAACAUCAUCUGUACUCAGCCUCGCCGCAUCUCUGCCAUCUCUGUGGCCCAGAGAGUGGCACAGGAGCGUGCAGAGACUCUCGGCAACUCAGUGGGCUACCAGAUCCGCCUGGAGAGUGUUCGGACGUCUGCCACCAGACUGCUGUACUGCACCACAGGCGUGUUACUGAGGAGACUGGAGAGCGAGGCAGACCUCAAAGGCGUCACACACGUCAUUGUGGAUGAGGUGCACGAGCGAACGGAAGAGAGUGACUUCCUGCUGUUGGUGUUAAAAGACCUGAUAUUGCAGAGGCCGGACAUGAAGAUCAUUCUAAUGAGUGCCACGCUCAAUGCCAAACUCUUCUCUGAGUAUUAUUACAACUGUCCCACUGUCCACAUACCAGGUCGUACUUUUCCCGUGGAUCAGUUUUUUCUUGAAGAUGCCAUCGCUAAAACUCGCUACGUCAUCGAGGAUGGCAGCCCUUAUAUGCGCUCGGGGAAACAGAAUUCCUCGUCCACAGGUGGACGAGGAAACAAAGGAGAUCAAAGGGACACGGUGGACGACUUGGGUGAUGACAUGUGGAAUUACAUGUCUUUCUGUCAGAAGGACUCUGUCAAAGACUCCAUUCCAGACCAGCAGCUCAGCCUGCAGGAUCUCACGGUCAGAUUCAAAGACACUAAGAAGUCUGUGCUGAAGACUAUUGCUGCAAUGGACCUGGACAAGAUCAACAUGGACCUUGUGGAGAGCCUGCUGGAGUGGAUUGUAGAUGGAAAACAUAACUACCCUCAGGGUGCGGUGCUCGUGUUUUUGCCGGGCCUGGCUGAGAUCAAGAUGCUUUACGAGCAGCUCAUGUCCAACAGAAUGUUCAACAACAGGGGGGCAACCAGGUGUGAGGUGUACCCACUCCAUUCAACCUUGUCCAAUGAGGAGCAGCAGGCAGUUUUCAGCCGCCCACCCGAAGGCGUCACAAAGAUCAUCAUCUCCACCAACAUUGCAGAGACCUCGGUAACCAUUGACGACGUUGUAUACGUCAUCGACUCUGGCAAGAUGAAAGAGAAAAGGUACGAUGCAACUAAAAGCAUGGAGAGCCUGGAGGACACGUGGGUUUCUCGGGCCAACGCUCUGCAGCGGAGGGGCCGAGCGGGUCGUGUGGCCUCGGGGAUCUGCUUCCACCUCUUCACCAGCCACUGCUUCGAGCACCAGCUGACUGAGCAACAGCUGCCCGAGAUCCAGAGAGUUCCUCUAGAGCAGCUUUGCCUCCGAAUCAAGAUCCUGGACGUGUUUGCUGAUCGGAUGCUGGAGUCGGUCUUCUCUCGGCUCAUCGAGCCCCCAGCGAUGGAAAGCUUGGAUGCAGCCAAGCAGCGCCUGCAGGACCUUGGGGCUCUAACUGCAGAUGAGAAACUGACCCCGCUGGGCUACCACCUGGCCUGCCUGCCCGUUGACGUGCGCAUCGGGAAACUCAUGCUGUUCGGUGCCAUCUUUCGCUGUCUCGACCCGGCACUCACCAUUGCAGCCAGUCUGGCCUUCAAAUCACCAUUUGUGUCUCCAUGGGAUAAGCGGGAAGAAGCCAAUGAGAAGAAACUGGCCUUUGCCUUGGCCAGUAGUGACCAUCUGGCUUUGUUACAGGCAUACAAGGGAUGGUGCUGUGCGGCAAAGAAUGGCCACCAGGCUGGCUUCCGUUACUGCAGGGAGAACUUUCUGUCUGGGCGAGUCUUACAGGAGAUUGCCAGUCUGAAGAGGCAGUUUGCCGAACUGCUGUCUGACAUUGGCUUCAUCAAGGAGGGCCUGAGGGCCAGAGUUAUAGAGCGCAAGUGCUCUAAAGGCACCGAUGGUGUUCUAGAGGCCACCGGCCCUGAGGCGAACUUGAACUCUGAUAACAUCCGGCUGAUGUCCGCCAUGCUUUGUGCUGCACUGUAUCCCAAUGUGGUCCAGGUACGAGCUCCUCAGGGGAAUUACAAGAUGACAAGCAAAGGGGCGAUGAAGAUGCCGCCCAAAGCGAACGAGCUUCGUUUCAUGACAAAGGAUGAUGGCUGCGUCCAUGUGCACCCGUCGUCUGUCAACUACACGGUCCGCCACUACAACAGCCCCUACCUGGUUUACCACGAGAAGGUGAAGACGAGCCGCAUCUUCAUCAGGGACUGCAGCAUGGUGUCCGUCUACCCGCUGGUGCUGUUUGGAGGCGGACAGGUCAACAUGGAGCUGCACAAGGGAGAGUUCAUCAUCUCCCUCGACGAUGGAUGGAUCCGAUUUGCUGCCGCUUCUCAUCAGGUGGCUGAGCUGGUGAAGGAGCUGCGCUGGGAGUUGGACCAGCUGCUGGAAGAUAAAAUCAGGAACCCGAGCAUGGACCUGUGCAGCUGCCCACGUGGUUCCCGCAUCAUCCACAUGAUAGUCCACCUCGUCUCCACACAGUAGCUCUGCUACGUAAUGGCUUUCAACCUUUUUGUUUGUCAUCCUCAAGGGCUUAAUGCAUUGAGCUCUGCAGUCUGCUCCUGCAUCACUGCCACAGUUUUGAUAAGUUACUCCAAUAAUCAGGAUUUUCGGGGUCUACUACCCUGCAACUGGUUAAAAUGUGUAUUGUUCCAUCACAGACCGAUGGCCAGGGCAGAUACUUUUAAAGUACUCCGGCCACCACCACUAAAAAAAACUAAUCCGUUUCUGCUCUUGAGGCUUUUAAAACCACAUUUUGCCUUCAAUUACCAAACUAUGGCUCCAUGCAGGUGAUCCAUAAACCUCCAUCAUUGUUCUUGCUGGAAUAAAACACUUUAUUAUCAAGUCUUAUUUUGAAGUUAAAAUGCAACAACAGAAACUGUUUAUUGAUGCCAUACUACAACUUGGCACACAUUUGGUAGUUGAAUUUUAUGUCAUAUCAUUUGUUUAUAGUGCAUUUUUAUUUUGGGUUGUGUCUCAAUCACAACUGAGAAGUUUCUUGGGUCCAUAUUGGAUUUCUUAUACUGACAGUGGCUGCAUACUUGUGAAUAUUUAUUUGUAUUGCAUGAUUGAGAUCCAAGAGCUUCUUCUGCAUGGUAUUGGCCUGUUUUACAUUCACUGAAUGUAUGUAAAUGUUACAGUGAUGUCAAAACUGCACUUUCACAUUGUGAAUGCAAGGGCUUUUUAAAUUGGGAGAAUUUGGUGAGAAUUGCCAAAGAAUUUGAAAGCUUAUUGUCUUAACAAGUGAAGAAUUCCACUGCACU